UUCUUCAGCUCUUGGAGACGACGAUGAGAUCCUCGCGAGUUUUUUAGGGUUUUGAGGGUUUCGUGAAUCAUCGUCGGAGAGGCCACUGUUUCUUCUCAGUUUCAUCUCGUGAAUCCUCAUCGUGAAGCUGGCCGGUGGAAUCUUGGGUUUGAUGAAGCACAGGGCUUGAUUCAGCCGUUGUUUUCUUUCAUCAAUCCCUAAAUUCUUUUUCAGUGGAGGCUAGGGUUUGAGAACUCGCGAUCUUGGAUUGUCUGAAGAGCUCCCCAGGUGAUUUUUGUUAUCGUCUUUGUUAGUUUCUGGUUUAAUUUCUUGGUUUGAGAUCGGUAACCGAUUUUGAAGCCGCGGAUUUGAGAAGGUAUUGUCAUGGAUUCGUGCUUAGGUUGAUCUGGUUUCAGAUCAUGAUGCAGAAGUUAGGGUUUGCUGAGAUGAAGGGCUUGGAUCAUCUCAAAUCAUCUCUGAUUUGAGAAGGUCUUGUCUGUUGAUUUGUGCUUUGGUUGAUCUGGUUGCAGAGGUAUUCUUCUCGUACCAUAAGGACCAUGAUGCAGAAGUUAGGGUUUGCUGGGAUGAAGGGCUUGGAUCAUCUCAGAUCAUUGGGUGGAUCCCUUGCUGGAUCUGUGAAGAAUUCUCCUGUGUCCAAUCCGAGGGUUUCUUCAGAUUCUGCUUCACUUGGUAGCUUUGCUAAUUUAAAGCUAACUGCAGAGAAGUUGGUCAAAGAGCAAGCUUCAGUGAAGACAGAUCUUGAAUUGGCGAAUGCAAAGUUGAAAAAGUCAAUGGAACAAAUACAUUUGUUGGAGAUGAAAUUACAAGAAGCUGUCAAUGAAAAUGCAAAGCUUAAAGUGAAACAAACAGAAGAUGCAAAGCUAUGGAAAGGGCUAGAUUCAAAGCUCUUGUGUACUAAGACACUGUGCGAUCAGCUAACUGAAACUCUGCAGCAUCUAGCUGCUCAGGUUCGGACAGCUGAAGAAGACAAAAUUUUCUUCAAGGAAAAGCUCUCUGAGAAUUUAAAAGCUCUUGAUGAUUUCAGUUCUCUUAUCCAUGGCUUAUCUGCAAAACUGGAGCAUGGAGAAACUCUGAUUAAUAGCGGCAAACAUGAGAUUUUGGAACUAAGACAGCAGAAACAGGAACUUGAGGAGCGUCUUAGACUUCAAGGUGAAGCUGCAGAUGGUACCUUGAAAGCAAGAGAUGCUGUUAUUGAACAGUUAAAAUUCACUCUGGAAGAACAUAAGGUGCAGUUACAGAUGCUGAAGUUCCAAUUGCAAGAGGCACAGCAUGCAUUACUAUCCAAAGAAGACAUUUGCAAGUCCCUGAAAGCUACUCAAGAGAUAUUGGAAAAAGAAAAAAAUGAUCUUCAAUGUAGUAAUGAAGACUUUGCACGAAAAAUAAACAGGUCCAAUGAGGAGAUAACAAGGCUAGAAAAUAUGGUUCAUGUUUUGGCAACAACAUUAACUGAAUUGGAUGAACAGAGUAGGGGUAUUUCAAACCAGAUUGGCGAGUUGUUCUCUUUAUCUGCAACUUGCCAUGGUCUUCUCCAGCAAGAGAAGGAUUUGACUAGAAAGUCUGUUCAAAAGAAAUUCGAUCAACUAGAUAGACAAUUGUCACUUGCUAGAUCAGAAAAUUUUGCCUUCAAGUUGGAAAAUGAAGAGUUGAAGAACAGGAUUAUGGAGCUCCAGAAAGCUCAGGAGAUUGCUAUGGUACAACAUGCAGAUGAAUGCCGCAUGGCCGAAGAUAAAAUUCGAAUACUGGAGUCUGAAGCUGAAACACUUGUUUCAAAGAAGUCUGAAUUGGAGAAGUUGGCUGAGGAAUUAGAGGACAAAGUUAAGCAUUUAUCUGAAGCUUCUUCUCUGACUGAGAACCAAAUGGAAGUUCUUCUACAAAAAGUUUCGAAGUUAGAAUCUGAGAAUCAAGAUGUUCAUGGGAAGUUGCAAUUAAUGUUACAAGAGAGGGCUCAAGAAACAGAAGCAUUUCAGAUUGAGAUCAUUAGGCAUGAGCAGCAUGCUGAUUCACUAGAUAAGCAGAUCAACCACCUUCGUAUUUCUCUAGAUGAGAAAGAACAGCUUCAUUUACAGUUUGAAGAGAGGGAGAAGCAGUUAAAAGAGCAAAUAUCAGGGACUCAAGCAUCACUUGCUGCAUCUGAAUGCAAACUUGCAGAAGCAAGCAAACAGUAUGAUUUGAUGCUUGAAGGGAAACAAAUAGAGUUAUCCAAGCAUCUGAAGGAGCUAUCCCAGAGAAAUGAUCAGGCUAUCAAUGACAUUCGAAAGAAGUUCGAGAUGGAAAAGGUUCAGAUUGCUAAAGCUGAAAAAGAAAAGGCGGACAAUCUCAUAAAAGAUAUAGAGAGAAGAUGCGAUGAAAAGAUUUCUGAAAAUAAAGAAGAAGCUCAUCAGUAUGCUAUGCGGAUUAAAGAAGAGCAUGCUACACUGAUUAGUAGGAUUCAGCAAGAUCAUGAGCAAAGGGAAUCUAGCCUUAAGGAGCAUCAGAAGGAAGAGGUGCAACGAGUCCAUCUUCAAGCUGAAAAUGAAUUGAGGGAGAGGACAUCGUCACUGAGGAAAGAACAUGAAAUUCAAAUGAAAUCUCUGAAGUUGCAGUAUGAAGAUGAUUAUAGAAAAUUGCAAGAGGAAUUAGAACUUCAGAAGUCAAAGGAGGACAAACAGCGAGCACUAUUACAUUUACAGUGGAAAGUAAUGGGUGAAAAUCAACAAGAUGACCAAGAAGUUAAUUCUAAGAAGGAAUAUUCUGUUUCAUCGAUAAAGAUGAGGGAUACACAUGGUGGAAAAGAAAACCGGCUUGCUUCAACAAGGCCUGAAACGGGCAGAAAGGAUGCAAAUUUUUCUGGUUUGAUGGGGACACCUAUGGUAAACUUACUGAAAAAGGUAGAGAAAGGGAAUCUGGGAAGUGCUGGCAGUAUCCCUAAACACAGUAAGGUCACUCGCCAUGAAUAUGAAGUCGAGACUUCUAACGGGAGGACCAUAAAACGAAGGAAAACGAAGAGCACAUUGAUGUUUGGGGAACCAAACACAAGGAAGUCACCACGGAGUAGGACACCAAAUGCAAACAAUGAUGCCAUUAAACUUAGAAAGGCUGUUGGAGGGCACCCUCCCCAUCCUUCCAACAUUGGUGACUUGUUCUCAGAGGGCUCUUUAAAUCCAUAUGCAGAUGAUCCUUAUGCAUUUGAUUAAAGGUAAUAAUAAGAACAUUGUGAUGCUGCUUGCUUGCGUCCCUAGCAGAGAGACCCUGCAUGCAUCUCGUGAACUUAAACUCGCCAUUUUUCAUUUUGUUGUAAAUGCUUGGUGUUGUCACUUGUAAGUAUGCCUGUCAGCCAUUGCUACUAAAUUCUGAAUCAGGCGCAAAAGGCGCACGACUGGAGCUGUGUUUGCAGAAACCAGGUAGGUAUUACUUUCAGUGCUUCAAAUCUUGUAUGUAACCAUUGCAAGAAAAAUAUUUUCCUUGUUUUCUUCCGUAACUGCUAUGUUUUUCCCUGGACUCUCUUAAAUGAGAUGUCAUCAAAUGAAAAGGAUUUUUACAUUUUUAAAAUGAGAUAAUAGACAAUAGGACAGUUU